AAAAGAGACUUCCCUCACCAAACGACCCAUUAAUGAAUAUAAAAUUUCCCUUUCAUUUUUCCCUCUUUCUCUGUUUCUACAACUUUGGCAGCAGCUGAUCAGUUUGCACCGGCGAUAUCUUUUUCCGACUCAAAAUCCGGCGAAUUCAGACCGUUCAGAGCUCAGAAGGACGUUCUCAUUUGGCAAAAAUGGAAAGAGCAACCCCUUCAAUGUUAUGUAGUCACUUUGUUAUUUUGUUGAUCCUACUUCUACCAGAUACAUCAGUGGCUGAACCAAGAUCCCAGAUAGUCCAGCUCAUAUGUGAAAACGGAACGACAGUUUCCGUCUCAAAUUUUGUCAAUACAAUGGAAACUAUAAGUGAACAAAUGAGAACUAGAGGAAAUGGAGUAGCAGCUACAGGCACUGGACCAAAUGCUAGCUAUGGACUUGGCCAAUGCUAUGGUGAUCUUUCAUUACCCGACUGUGUCUUAUGUUUCUCUGAAGCGCGAACUGUUUUUCCCAAUUGCUUCCCUAGUAACAAGGCGCGAAUUUAUCUUGAUGGUUGCUUUAUGCGAGCGGACAAUUACAACUUCUAUGACCAGUAUUUUGGUCCAGAGGACAGGCAUGUAUGCGGAAACAGGACGACAAAGGGUUCAUUGUUCCAGCAGAAUGCUAGGCGAGCCAUUCAGCAAGCAGUUGCAAAUGCACCGAGUAACAAUGGUUACGCACGUGCUCAAGUGUCAGUGCCCGGGUCUUCCACCAUGACAGCUUAUGUUCUCGCUGAUUGUUGGAAGACUGUGAGUGCAAACUCCUGCGCAGCGUGUUUGCAAAAUGCAUCUGCAUCCAUGCUGGGAUGCUUGCCUUGGUCAGAAGGUAGAGCUCUGUACACUGGAUGCUUCAUUAGGUAUUCUGAUACAAAUUUUCUCAAUGCUAUUUCUACCAGUAGAGGCUCAUCAAGAGGAAAAGUUGCAGUCAUUGUCAUUGUUGUUGUUAGUUCCUUUGUCGUUUUGGGAGUAGGUGCUUUCAUUGGUAUUGGUGUCUGGAAGAACAAACAAAUCCAGAAGAAGAGAAAAGGGGCAAAUGAUGCUGAGAAAUUAGUGAAGAUCCUUCAUGACAUCAGCUUAAACUUCAAGUAUUCGACUCUUGACAAAGCCACAGGGUCAUUUGAUGAGGCCAACAAGAUUGGGCAAGGUGGAUUUGGCACGGUUUAUAAGGGUGUUUUGGCAGAUGGGAGAGAGAUUGCUGUCAAAAGGCUAUUCUUCAACAACAAACACAGAGCUGCAGAUUUUUAUAACGAGGUUAACAUAAUCAGUAGCGUUGAGCACAAAAAUUUGAUAAGAUUAUUGGGAUGCAGCUGCUCAGGACCAGAAAGCUUUCUUGUAUACGAGUUCCUCCCUAACCAGAGUCUUGAUCGCUUCAUAUUUGACCCUACCAAAGGUAAAGAUCUAAAUUGGGAGAAAAGAUUUAAGAUAAUUAUAGGGACUGCAGAAGGUUUGGUAUACCUACACGAGAACACAAGGACACGAAUAAUUCAUAGAGACAUAAAAGCAAGCAAUAUCCUGUUGGACUCGAAGCUCCGUGCAAAGAUUGCUGAUUUUGGGUUGGCCAGGUCAUUCCAAGAAGACAUAAGUCACAUAAGCACUGCCAUUGCUGGCACAUUAGGAUAUAUGGCUCCAGAAUACUUGGCACAUGGCCAAUUGACAGAAAAAGCAGAUGUUUACAGCUUUGGAGUUCUUCUAAUGGAAAUUGUUACUGGAAGACAAAAUAACAGGAGCAUAAAUGAUGAAAAUACAAAAAGCUUAGUUUCCAUUGUGUGGGAUUACUAUCAACGCGGUAUAGUGGAGGAACUAUUCGAUCCAAAUCUCAUGUUGCACAACUACAACACCAUCAAUGUGAAAAAUGAGGUCGCGAGAGUUUUGCAUGUGGGGCUUCUGUGCACUCAAGAGAUCCAAACACUACGUCCAUCCAUGUCUAUGGCAUUACAGAUGAUCCUCGAGAAAGAAGAAGAGUUGCCGGCUCCUACUAAUCCACCAUUUGUUGAUGAGAACACCAUGGAACUGCAUGGGGCUUGGGAGAAAUAUCCGCUUAGUCAAGGUGAUUCUAGUUCGAUUGCCAACUUAUCUCAUAGUUCUUUUUACCCCAGAUGAUGAUAUUCCAAUGCCCUGAAACUGAUGCAAAAAUUAUAAGCAUCAUUUCGCCUCAUGCUCUUGACGAUCAUCAUGAUCGAGAAGUUAGUUAUAACAACAAUUGUGAAUCAGUUCCAAACAAAAGUUGGGGUCGGCUAUCUGAAUUCUCAAUUCCAUUUAAGCUUCGUUAGCACAGGAAUAUGAUUGUAUAGGAUCUCCUUCAUGGAAAAGGAUUGUAAUGUAGUAUGUAUAAAUAUGGCUCAGUGUAAUAACAUAGUUUGUGUCUUAAUAAUA